CUCAGUUGCUCAGACCGUCCUUAGUCGAAACACCCUCGGGGAGCCUCUCACCGUCCACAUUGGCUUCUCUGUUGGACUGAUGAUGGCGGCCUAUGUGGCUGGUGGAGUGUCAGGGGGCCACGUGAACCCUGCUGUGUCCCUGGCUAUGGUGAUUCUGGGCAAACUGAAGAUCUGGAAGUUUCCCAUCUAUGUCAUCGCUCAGUUUCUUGGUGCUUUUGUUGGAGCUGCUGCAGUCUUUGGGUUAUACUAUGAUGCUUUCAUGGACUUCACCAGCGGGAUUCUGUCAGUGACAGGAAUCAAUGCAACAGGUCAUAUUUUUGCUUCCUAUCCUGCGAGACACCUGUCAGUCCUCGGCGGUUUUGCCGAUCAGGUGAUAGGGACAGGUAUGCUGGUGUUGUGUAUCUUGGCUAUCAUUGAUGGUGGAAACAUCGGAGCUCCCAAAGGUGUUGAACCGCUGGCCAUUGGUCUGAUCAUCAUGGCCAUUGGUGUGUCGAUGGGACUGAACUGUGGCUACCCACUGAACCCUGCCAGAGACCUGGGACCCCGUGUGUUCACAGCUAUAGCAGGAUGGGGGUUUGAGGUCUUCAGCACCGCCGGCCACUGGUGGUGGAUACCUGUGGCAGGGCCGAUGGUGGGCGGCGUGGUCGCAGCCGUCAUUUACUAUCUGUUCAUUGAGCUGCACCACCACCGUGAUGAGCCUGAGAAGCCCCACGAGGAAGAGGAAGAGGAGGAGGAAGACGAAGAGGACGAUGACAGCAGUCUGAAGGACAAAUAUGAGAUGAUCACCAUGAGCUAAAAAAAAAAAAGACAUUUGCUUUCAGGACUAACUGGUCCGAUUCAGUCAUUUUACUGUCAGUCAGGUAAAGAACAGCCAGCACAGCUUCUAUGUGUAAGGACAGGCUUCCUCUGUCAGCGUGCUCUCUUUGGCAAACCCGUUAAUAGCAGGAUAGGCUGUAGUUACUCUCAUGAUUGACUUUACGCUCUGCAGAGACAAGCUUUUCGGCUCAGUGAUGGCAACAUUAGAACAUUUUUACAAAGUGAAAUAAAUUAGGAAAUGUUUUAGAUAGACAAACUGCAGCUAUGUUAAGUUUUGGUCUGUGCUGUGUCAUGUGAAAAAGUCCUGUGUGCUUGACAUUGUUCUGACUUUUCAUAUAUUUGUUGUAAAUACUGUAUUAUAGAUAUUAGAUGAAAAAUACCCUUUAUUUGUCUGUAUUCACUUGAUACUGGACUAAUAGUUUUACAUGUUUC